AUGGAAGAAGAGUUGUCAAGGUUAUGGAGGGAGAGUUUUGAUAGAUUCAGCAAUAUUCCUGAUGGCCUUUUUCAUGAAAUUCUAUGCUUCCUUCCCAUCAAAGACAUUGCUCGUACCAGUCUUGUCUCCAAAAGAUUCAGACAGCUUUGUCUCUCUGUCCCAGAUUUGUUUCUUGCUUUUGAGUUGCAGGAUCUAUGCAAAUUAGGUAAUUGGACAGAUAGGUUUCUCACUCUGCGUAAUGGGGCGAAACUGCGACGUUUUGUUCUGACCUCGUCGACCUCACCCUGUGAAAUUGCUGAGACUCAGAGAUUGGAUAAUAGUCGUGUAGGCAAUUGGAUUCACAAUACUACAGUGAUCUGUAAAGCGCAAGAACUAGAUCUAUCAUUUGGAAUCUCCAAAGACAAAGAAUGCUUUUCUCUACCACUGUCCACCUUCAUUAGAACGAUCAAAUUGAAUCUUUACAAUGGCAAUCUGAAACUGCCUUCUUUUAGCUUCAAUUUGCUCCAGGUUUUGGACAUAAAAUAUGCAAGACUUGCUCGCAGCUUAUCUGAGGAUUGGGUUUCAUCUCUCUUCCCGGCGAUUAAAAAGUUAAAUCUGGUAAGUGUAAAAGGGAUAGACAAUCUCAAUAUCACAAGCUCGUCUCUUGAAUAUUUGGACAUAACUGGCUGUUAUGGCCUUCACAGAGUAGUUGUGUCUGCCGAGAGACUCCAGACUCUAGGUGUCAUAUUCUCUCACCGCGAUUGGUUAUUAAGAAUUUUUGCACCAAGGCUUCGUGAAGUAAAAUUGUGUGAUGAUCGUUACUGCUUCCAAGGGAGCUCUAUGUGCCUACAAAGUGUGAACAUCGAUGCUCCAAUGCUUGUAGAGAGUAAAAGCUUGCUUCUGCUUCUUCAAUUUAUGAACCAUGCCAAAACAGUUACACUCCUAGCUGGCUUUCUUAAUGAGGUGCUUUUUAGACGAGGUUCGCUAUGGUAUAUGUUGGUUAAUGUUCAAAACUUGGUUGUGCAAUCUUUUUCUAAGAAGGAUAAUAAAAUGCUUGCAUUAGCCUCCUUGUUUGGAAUGUUCCCUAAUCUGAAGACGCUGACCAUGAGUUGCUUUGAUUUAUACCCUUUUGGUUAUGAGUUAAGCAACUUGUUGGCUUUAGAUCAACGUAAGUUUGAUAUACAGUAUUGGGAGUCUCACGAUUUUGCAUUUCUUCAUCAAUUGGAGGAAGCCAAUAUUGAGAUUAAUAAAUGGGCAUUUGAAGUUGGACUCAUAAAAUAUUUGAUUCAGCACGCAAAAGCACUCCACAAGAUGACGGUCACUUUUGCUUGCAAUAUUGAUAUUAGUAGAUCAAGCCAGAUUCGUGACAAAUUAUCUGAAUUUUAUGAGAAUUUUCCCAAUUCAACAUUAGAUUUUGUGUUGAAAUGA